GUAGGAAGUAUGUGUGUUUCUGUAUUAUAUUGACUAUGUACCAUUACAAAAAGCUGCUGACACGGAGAAGGUGGUGGUGAAUGUCUUGUGUGUCCCCCAGGUUCUGGGGCACAUCCGCUCGUAGACCCACUGGCCGGCGGACCACACCUCGCCCGGUUCCCCUACCCACCUGGAGCCAUCCCCAACCCCCUGCUCGGACAGCCCCCGCAUGAACACGAGAUGCUCCGGCACCCUAUGUUCGGCGCUCCAUAUCCCAGAGAUCUCCCAGGUGGGCUACCACCACCAAUGUCAGCGGCACACCAGCUGCAGGCCAUGCAUGCACAGUCUGCAGAGCUACAGAGAUUGGCCAUGGAGCAGCAGUGGUUACACAGUCAUCACCACAUGCACGGAGGCCCACUGCCAGGACAGGAGGACUAUUACAGCCGGUUGAAGAAGGAAAGCGACAAACAGCUGUGAUCAGCCGAGGGCUCCCAGAGGAUCAGCAGGACACAGGAGGUCACAGCAGAACAGUCACGCAUGGGAACUCGCGUGUUCUAGGAACGUUCUCAGUUCGGCGAAGUGACGAGGAUCGUCUGAGGAAACUUCUUUCUGUUGUCAGCUUUCUUCACUAUUCCGGACUUUUUUUUAAGACAUUGACUUUUUCGGGGGGUUAUAUAUCGUUCAAGUAGUGACAGCGUCCUCAAGACUGAUUGUGACUUUCCUGCAUGAACAUACUCUGAGAAGCUUCCCUGACGUCUUUUGUAGGUGCUAGAAAACCAGAUACUUUGUCACUGUGCUAAUUGGGGGGAAAACAGAGGAACAGACCAGUCGGGCCAUUAUAUCUGAAAAGUGCUAUCUUAAAUUCAAUGUUUAUUUUAAUACAUUGUAGGAGGUUUUCAUAAUGUUAAGAAAAGCUGCAGCAUGGCAUUUUUUGAGUCUGUAAAUAGUAUAUAAAUAUAUAUAUAUAUAUAUACAUAUAUAAUUAUUGCUAUUAUCAUAAUAAUUAUUAUUAGGUGUGGAUUCCUAACAGAAACGUUAGACCUCCGAUAUAAUAAUUUUCUGAAGUGUCAUCCCUUGUUUCAGAGGGGAAGGAGAUGGCACGGUCAGAGCAGGUAACCAUGUCAGAUGUAAACGGGGUUUGCUGGGUAGAAUGGUACCGGAUUUUAAUCCAAACGCCUCUAGAGGUCAAAGCUCAGAUGACGCUUUUUUAUUUUUGUUUGUUUGUUUGAUUUGUUUCAUAUAUCGACAGUCAAUGACAAACACUCAUGACAUCAUGACCAUAUUUUUAAUUUCAUUGCUGAACUCAAACUCAAAACACUUGAAGGAGGAGGUGCGAUGCCUCGUGAGUAUUGGGGCAAGUAGCCCAUUUGGAAAGAAGAAUAUUGCACUGAUUAACCUCAGUUUUUCUUUUUAAACUGUAAUUGGCUUUCCUAUGGCUUCUUAAGUGUGAGCGAGUGCAUUUUGAAAGCCGUUCGCUCUGUUUUGUGUGUACCAAAGUUGAACGGCGUUCAGUUUUGCAACUGGGUUCAUAUCUCAGCUAGUUCCUCAGUGCUUAGAGAUUGCGAAACGUUUUUUUAAAGUAACAAUAUGACAUCUUGAUGCACAUUUUUUUACUUUUAGAUUUACAUAUUGUCAAAGGGUGCUGGGAAAGAUAGCAAUGCCCCCCCCCCUCCCGGUUUGUCUCCUGAAGUCCUCUUACGAGCUCCUCGCACAGUCAGUAUCCCGACCUACUGUACAGAUUCAUAAAACCAUUCUCACUGUGAAGCCAGGGGGAAGAUGGUGGCAGAGAUGACGUCGAGCUUGGAUUGUGUACCUGUGUGUGCAUGAGUUCACAGUAGUGGAAGAUGAUGACUGUGCUUGAGCUUCUCUCUGCAUUCCUGACACUGCAUUACCUAUGAUGCAUGAUGCCUCUUUAUUUGCUCUCCAUCAUGUUGAGGCUGUUUGAUAGCAAUCAUUGACUGUUACAUGCAGUAUUUUUGUUCGUUUUGUUUGUUUGUUUUUCCCAGAUCCAUCAGAAUUAAUGUUCAAUAUUUGAAAUGACAAAUGCUAAAAAUUCAUUUUUACCUCUGGUGAGAUUGUGUAUGGGCCUUUUUUGAGCUAAAAGUUCAAAGUACAGUAAAAGCUCAGAGUACUGUUUUUAAUUCUCUCCCCUUUUGUUUUUAAAAAAGCCAUCGUGCAUCCUUUGAAGAGUAUGCAUAGAAGCCAGUUUUUAGCAGUAUAUGCCCAAAGCUGAACACUUUCUGUAAUUGGACUGUCAUGUAUCUUUUAUUCUGUCUCAGAUGUAUACAGCAUUUUACUUUUGUUUUAAGCAUUUUCUCCUUUUGUCCCUCUUUUGUGUCUUAAACCUUUGAUGUUGAGUGUUGUCAAUGGUUUAGCUUCUUGUUUCAAAGCGGCAAUAGCAGAAUGUACAUUCUGACUGCUAAGAUUUAUAUAUACUGGUAUCUUGAAGCUUAUUGUAUAUAUUAGUAGUCGCAAUGGGAUGACACAGUGUAAACAAAAAGUAGAGAUAAUUAAGGCAGAUUGUGAGUCCUGUGUUCUCCCCAUUUGAGUAUUUUGUAAUUUUUUUGACAAAUUUGUGGAAUUAAAAUAAAACUAAGUUACACCACAUGGAAACUUGAUUUCUAGUCAAUAUCACCUUUUGUUAUGACAUGGCAAAAGUAAAUGUUCAUGCUGACAAAAA